GUCAGCUCUCCGUCUCUAUCUACAAAUCUCUCUCUUUUUCUCUCUCUAGGGUUUCUUUCUCUCUCCACGACUUCAAAAUUUGUCUCCCACAUCAUCAUCUUUCGACUAUGGCCGGAACUCGAUUGCCACCGGAAGACAACGAUAUCUCACAGGUACGACUGCCGGUAACCGCGGAUCUGAUCUCCGAUGAUGACCGCUCUGUUGCUGCUGACUCUUGGUCCAUCAAAAGUGACUAUGGAAGUACUCUUGACGACGAUCAGCGUCACGCUGACGCAUCAGAAGCUCUCGCAGCCGCACCGUAUCGUACCGCCUCUGAUUACAGUUCUGACAAAGAAGAACCUGAUGCUGAAACAAUUACAUCAAUGUUGGGGUUCCAAAGUUACUGGGAUUCAGCAUAUGCAGAUGAAUUGACAAAUUUCCGUGAACAUGGACAUACUGGUGAAGUUUGGUUUGGUGCUGAUGUCAUGGAAGUGGUUGCUUCCUGGACAAAAGGCCUAUGUGUUGACCUUUCUCAAAAAGAACUUCAAAACCAUCAUGAAAAUGACAAUUCUAACCUUGAUAAACAAGGCAAGAGAGAUUUAGCAGAUUGGAGUGUUCUUGAUGUUGGAACUGGCAAUGGAUUGCUUCUUCAAGAACUUGCUAAACAAGGGUUCUCUGAUCUAACUGGAACUGACUAUAGUGAAGGUGCCAUUGACCUUGCUCAAAGCCUUGCAGAUCGUGAUGGAUUUUCUACUAUCAAACUCUUGGUGGAUGAUAUUCUUGAAACAAAGUUGGAUAAAAAGUUUCGUCUGGUGACAGACAAAGGGACUUUGGAUGCAAUUGGAUUGCAUCCUGAUGGUCCUAUAAAAAGGAUUAUGUAUUGGGAGUCCAUAUCAAGACUUGUAGCUCCUGGUGGCUUACUGGUUAUUACUUCAUGCAACCACACAAGAGAUGAAUUGGUGCAAGAAGUUGAAAACUUUAAUCAAAGAAAAGCCCCUGAAGAAUCAGAUAUUUCCAGAAACCCCCCUAUAUUUUCCUACUUGGAUCAUAUUCGGUCCUAUCCAACAUUUAUGUUUGGAGGAUCUGUUGGGUCCCGUGUUGCUACUGUAGCAUUUCUUCGUAGCUAAGUUAGUUGUGUGUGUGUUUUGUGUGGUGUUCCUUGUGUGUGUGUUGACUUGACUGAAGAUGAAACUUUUUAAAAACUAUACUUUCUAUUAGGGGUAGUUAUGUCAAAACCACUUUUCUAAAACUUAAAAAAAACCCUGCAUAGGAUGAUGCCAGGCGUUUUGAAUUUUGUAUCCUUAUUAACUUUCGCUUAAAUUUACUUAAUUGCCCUUGU